AUCAUAGAAGUUGAAACUUCUGUACGUAGUAUGACGUGCUCCAAGGAAUACCGUCGCAUGAAAAUUGAACUCCAUAUUCAACAUUCGAAUUACCAGAUUAUUAGUCUCGGUCUCUUAGCUCUCUUGAAUCCAGAUUAUGAUCGGGUUUAUCUAAUCCAUUAGGUUGGUUCCUUUCAUUGUUUUUAUUAAUUUCGCUUUUGACAGAAUUUAAAUUCCAAAACCUUAUUCCAGUCAAUAUCGUUUGCUCACGUUGAGAAAUCAUACGUCGAUGUAUAAUUGUCAAAAGAAACAACGCGAGGGCAGUAAGCCGAAACUAAGCCACCGCCAAUGCACCUUUCUGUGGUAUCUCUUCUUUGGYAUGGUGCACGAAGCAACGCACCUGGUCACAGCUUGGUGGCUGGGCUACGAACUGGUUCGUGUCAUGUCRCAAAACGCCACCCUGAUCCCUGAGUCAUCGUCUUCUCCAUACAUYGAUGCAUGGACACAMCUUGCCUACGAAGUGAUUUUAGGAAGGCAAUGCUCACUACAYAAUCUUCCCRAGGACUUGGAAGAACCGGUGAAGCACUCUGGGUGGAUUGGUAGCUCUCUACUGCUGCUUCUACUCCUUAUUCUUCGUUGGAGCUCUCGACGUUGUACGAAACGAAAAACUGCAAGCACAAACGGCAGCAMUGGACCAUGCACCAAAAUUCAAUSGUUCAUUUUUGAUGAAGUCAUGUCUAGUGAUAUGUUGCUUGCUGCGUUUGUAACGACCUGCGAGGCUAUUACAACAGAUUUGAUUGGAAUAGGUCCGAUCUUGCCUYUGAAUUCGGGUUCUGUGAGACAAGUCUUUUAUUGUGGAAAUUUUGGUGUUAUUUUAUUGAAUAAAUGGUGGCUACAAAAUAGAGAAAGUGAAUCUGCAGCCCUUGAUACUUUGCAGCAAAUGGUUGAGGUGACCAUGAUGAGAGGAGCUCAGUCUGGUGGUGUAGUUGUCUACCAUCCUGUUCAAAGCAAAGAGACAAAAGASACGACGACGGCACCAUGCUUCAAGGCGGUGCGGUCGCGUGUCGUCAACAAGAAACGAACCGAUCUGAGUAAACUAGUACGAGCCAAGGUGGAAAGAGAUUUCCGAAGAGCGAAGGUGCGUCCCACAUCACUUUCUCAAGAGACAGAUAGUUUUGUGCCUCGAAUGAUGGCAGGACACACUCGUUUUGCGACAUCUUCCUUGAGUACAUUGGAUGGGACCCAUCCUCACCAGUGGACCCCUCCUUCUACAAGGCGUGUAUAUUCUAUGGAGAAAAAYGGGAACACUCGGAACAAAAAUUAUUUUGUCCCAAGRCCGAMUUUAGUCACCGUGGAAAAUUAUAUAACCCAUAAUGGUGACUUCGAUUUUUUUCAAUCUCGCGGCAAAACAUACGAUUUGGAAACUAUUCAAGAAUGGUUGAGUGUGGUGACAGAAACCGAAAUGCCCGCUGUGGUCGACUCUUGUGCCAUUGCUGGUAUGGUGGAUAUUCUGAGGACUCAAGGAUGUUUCGGACUAAGUGYAAGAUACGCCUUGGUUCUGGGAAUGGAAUCGUCAAACUGCGGUAUGAACAUGAAAACGAAUGAGAAUGGUAGAAAACAACGAACAGCRWUGCCUCCAUACACGGGAUACCUAGAAAAUGUUAUCGGUUUGGCUUUCGAAAAAGCUCUAGAGGAAUUUUGUAUCGAGAAUGGUGCAACGUGUCUACGAGAAAUUGGAAGCCAUGGAAGAUCCCGCGCCAUUUUAUCUCGAAAGGCUUUGGAACGACUUCGAACAUUGCCUAACGACAGUCUGCGUCCACUGAUCAAAGCAAUCGGUACACAAACGCUAAUGRAUUCAUUCGGUGCAAGGAGGACCGGCGCGCGCAAAAACCUAUUCGACUUUYCUAUMGAURAUGAAAGUGAUGAGGAGUUUGACGGAGAUAUUGAAUCGAAUCCCGUCGAUAAAAGUCUCCGACCUUUCUGUAGAAUGACAAUUGAUGCAUUUUUUGACAACGAUUUGUUCAUGACUACAAAACUUUUUAUGGAGAGCGCUAAGGGAUCUUUUGGAAUYWGCGUGACUUCGAAUCUUGAUGCACAUAGACAAAUGUGCUUAGCAGCUCGAGGGCAAACUAUAUCAAUUGCAUUUUAUCCGGACAAAGAUCUCAUUUGUUAUGGAUCAGAACAGGCAGCUGUAAAGGCGGGGAUGAGUACCAAAUUAGACAGAUYAAUUGACAAGGAAAAGUUGGAAUCAACUACUUGUUCAAACCGAGACGUUGACAACGAAUCUACAAGAUUGGACUUGGAUGAUCUUGGAGGAGAAAUUAUUGUCUUGGAUUGGGGACGCCAGAAAUACCAGACUUCGCCUGUGUCGUUGCCUAAUUGCCAUUUAGAGGAACAUCACAUGAUGAAUGGCAAGAUUACGGCCAUAUUGCACCAGGAAUCCAAAUCGACAAGGACGGAUUCUGAGCUCUUUCACAGAAUGACGAAACUUUCUAGUAAUCAUCUCAUUCAACCUCUCCAGCCAUCUACGGAUGACCCUGUCUUGAAAGACAUUCAGGAUAUCCCGUACGUCUGCAAAAAUAUUCAAGAUGACUGGAAUGCUCGUCGGCCUAUUUAUAGCAUUGGUGGUUUAAAUAGGUUGACAGCCUACAAUUUGUCUCGAUGUCUCCGAAAACGCCUUGAGCAGCAUGUGGCUGGGACCGUUCCCAAGAAGUCUCUUGACAUACUCCUUACUGGUUGCGAAGUGUCCUUGUAUCUAGCCGAGCAGUUUGCCACCGAUUUGCAGAAAUCGUUUCCAAAACUAUGCAUAGAAGCGGUGAGCAGCAACAAGCUAUUAGGACUAUACGGUCAGGAAAUAGCAGUUCCGUCUAUUGGAUUUCCUUAUGCACCACAAACAAGGAAUAUAAAGGAUGCUAUAGUUAUCAUUGUCAGCCACAGUGGCGGUACAUUUGGACCACUUGCCUGCUCAAAUCUAUUACAAUCCGCCACUCAAAGUAUUUAUGUCGUUACUUCAGAAUGGGACACCCAGAUUGGCAAGCAGCUGCGAAUGAUGGACGAAAUUACAGGAAGUAUCUCAAAUUUGAUGAAUCAACGUAUAUUUUCAACAGAUAUCGGCAUGAGACCAGCCGAGCCGUGCUCUGUGUCUGUGGCAGCUACCCACCAACUACUUACGAAUCUUUUUUCAUACAUAAGUGUUGUGAUUUUGAGCGACCCCAGAUUCCGUACAGUCACGAAAGCUCAAAUCAAUGAACAGGAUAUUCAGAUUCUAGAAAAAUGCAAUGAAAUGAAUAUUGAAGCUUUGACAGAGACUGUUGGACAUAAUCAAAGAGGUUACCCUUUAGAUACGGUCAGUCGACUUCGAAGAAACCUAUAUGAACUUGGAAAUUUGUGGUCAGACCAUAUUCUUGAGCAGGCUAGAGCAUACAUAAUGKGUGGUGUAUAUAUCUUUGUCACAGUCACAUGCGGUUGGCCCUUGGUUUCUUUGAUCGGUCGAGGCGUUGGGGUUGUCGAAGGCSAUAGAAUCAUGUACUUUCUACGGUUUCUUGACUCAUGCAUUUACUUUUGGCUCCCUCAGAUCUGUAUCAUGAUCAUCCGUAUUUUCCAAGGAAGAAAUCUUCGACAUCGGAUGGUAGGGAGAACAGUAGUAAUUGGAGAUAUCCCCUGGGUAAGUAAAUCUUGUUUUCCCCAAUUUUGUCAAAUUACUUAUGGAACAAAUGAAUGAUUUUCUAAUAUCCUGAUUCAAURCGGUGGUUGAAACAAAGGUUUCUCAAUGCGCUGAUGCCUUUUUGAGCAAGUGCUUUGCGGUUUCAUAUAGUAUAGC